AAAGGACCUCCAAUCCCAGCGAAUCCAGGGAAACAUUUAGUUGACAUGGCUGAUAAGAGCCAGGAAUCCUGCUGUCAACCCUUGAAGGAGGAGUUCCAGCGUUCAAAAUUCUCGCUCUAUCAUGAGGAUCCAGGAGUUUUCUGUCGCUCGCAAUGGCAGAAAGGAGACCGUAAUUUAAUAUGGGUUUUGUACCGAUGGUUUCUGGCCGCUUUCUUUGCCGCUGGAGUUAUCGGGAGCAUGAUGCAGGACUUUAACGGCGGCCGUUGGUUCAUUUUCCUUACCGACUGGGGAUUUACACUGUGCUUAUUUACCUGUACGUUUGGGGCUGUAAUCGCAACUAUUUACUACAUGAACCCCGCCUAUUUUGAACCUGGCAGUCGAUCCCUAAAGAUUUACUGGAUCUCCCACUAUACAACAUCUGUUUUGUCAAUGCUGAUUACCCUGGUCUUUUGGGCCGCUCUAUCAUCUACCCAGCCAGAAAUUGCAGGUGAACUGUACAACCUGUGGUGCCAUGCCUUCAACUCGAUAUGCAUGGUCUUCGACUGCUUUAUAGUGGCCUAUCCCGCCCGCCUCCUGCACGGUAUCUAUCCCCUUUCUGUUGUGCUUAUCUUCUUGGUGCACUCUUUGAUCUACUAUUGGGCUGGCGGCACUGACAUGGACGGCAAUCGAUUCAUUUACUACGCCCUGGACUGGGCACGUCCUGGGCUCGCUAUUGGUAUUGUCUGCGCCAGCCUGGCUCUGAUCUGCUGCUUUUCCCUGUUGGCCUUUGGCAUCUACCGAUUGCGUAUCUCGAUGUAUAAAUGUUGCGGAAAAGGUCAAACACUUUCCACCGGAGCUGCCCACAACGAAUCAUCUCUAGCUGUUUGAUUAAAGU